AUGAUCAUAUAUGAUGGAGAGAAAUACUCGUGUGUUUCGUGCAUUAGAGGCCACAGGUCCACUACCUGCAAACACAGCAACCGAAUGCUGGUCAAGGUGCGCACAAAGGGUCGUCCUUCAGCUAAAACGGUGCGAAAAGUGAUUUUGGUGGACGCUAGCUCACAGGUGGACAGUGGUAAGGGCCCUUUCACAGACCACCAUCAUAUUUCGACGCCUGAAUACCCCUCUGGUGCAUCAUCAGCACAGUCGCCUUUGCCUUGGUCCUGCACAAAAAUGAACAAACAACCGAUUUUAUUUCUACGAGCGAAAAGCACCCAAAAGGCAUUUCUUGUUGAUGGUGCGCUUAAGAUAGUCGUAGAAGAUCAAAAUGCUUCAUUGCCAGACGGCCAAAUAAAGUUGGUUUCCGAAAAAGACUAUCUUCUCAAUCACUUGAAAACGUCCCACCCAAAUGAUGCAUUAGGCCAAUUGCCACAAGCUAAAACUAAUCAUUGCUGUGGCUCUGCCAAAAACGAAACUAAUACGGAACCUGAACUUGGGUGGAGUCCUCGAACUUUCACAGAUAACAUGGAGGUCAAGCCGCAACAUCAUGACUUGAACCUACCGAUUGCCAAUAACCCAAAAUUUUCCGCCAAUAAGGACCCAAGCGCGACUAAUCUGGACUUCCAAGCUCGCACAGAGUAUGAAACGGUCUCAGAAUUUCAAAAUAAUUCUUUUGUUGAGCUUCUCACACCCAAGGGUUUGUAUUUGAGCACUCAAUGCAAUUGUGAGAGUGAUUGCCAGUGUGUGAAUUGUUUAAUCCACCGCAAGGAAGAAGAAAUCGAAAGCUACGUUAAACAAAGUGGAGUUCCGCUAUCGAACGUUGGUAAUGGUCGCAUCAGUCUUCCUGAUGAGCACUUCAACCUUGACACAGUUGUUUGCAAAGCAUCGUCCGGAAAUUGUAACGCUGGCGACUGUCUUGAUCACCCUAAAGAAAUUGUGCCCUUCAAUAAGAUAAUAUUAUAUGGGCUAUUAAAUGUUCCGCUUGGGCCGUCAAGUCUUAUCAAAUACAAACAUAAGCUGAUACCGUCCAAGUUUUGGUGGAGUCUAGUCAAGGAAGAACUACCAUUCAUGACUUCGAACCAAAUUUCUCAGUUAGAUUUGAUACAGUGGUUCGAGGAUAUGCUUGUCGCGAUGGAUGCGCAACACUUAACAACAUAUGGCCAAGGACAUGUUAAUGGACAUGGCAUGGGACUGAUGACAAACGCAUAA